GGAAGGCCGCGGAGGGCAAGAUGGCGGCGGGUCGAGCGCCGCCUCUUCCGCCCGGCCGGGUGUCGCACGAGGCCGGCCUGAAGGGGAAGUGAGUCAGUGUCCGCGGACCCGGCCCGCUAAGGCCCGCGCCCGCCGAGGCCCCGAGAGGCCUCGGCCCGGGGGCGGCGGCGGCGGCCAUGGCCGGGGGGCCGGGCCCCGGGGAGCCUGUGGUUCCAGGCGCCCAGCACUUCUUGUACGAGGUGCCACCCUGGGUUAUGUGCCGCUUCUACAAAGUGAUGGACGCCCUGGAGCCCGCCGACUGGUGCCAGUUCGCGGCCUUGAUCGUGCGCGACCAGACAGAGCUGCGGCUGUGCGAGCGCUCCGAGCAGCGCACAGCCAGUGUUCUGUGGCCCUGGAUCAACCGCAACGCGCGCGUAGCUGACCUCGUUCACAUCCUCACGCACCUGCAGCUGCUGCGUGCGAGGGACAUCAUCACAGCCUGGCACCCUCCUGCCCCCGUUGUGCCCCCAAGCACCGCUGCCCCAAGGCCCAGCAGCAUCUCUGCAGGCUCUGAGGCCGGGGACUGGAGCCCCCGGAAAUUGCAGUCCUCUGCCUCCACCUUCCUCUCCCCAGCUUUUCCAGGCUCCCAGACCCAUUCUGAGUCAGAGCUCCUCCAGGUUCCACUCCCUGUUUCCCUCGGGCCACCACUACCAUCUUCAGCCCCUUCCUCCACCAAGCAGUCAAGCCCAGAGAGCCCAGUGUCUGGCCUCCAAAGAGCCCAUCCCUCCCCGUUUUGCUGGCCCUUCUGUGAGAUUUCCCAAGGCACCUGCAACUUCUCUGAAGAACUCAGGAUUGGAGAGGGUGGUUUUGGAUGUGUGUACCGAGCAGUCAUGAGAAAUACUACAUAUGCUGUGAAGAGACUGAAGGAGGAAGCUGACCUAGAGUGGACUAUGGUGAAACAGAGCUUCUUAACAGAGGUGGAACAGCUAUCAAGGUUUCGUCACCCAAAUAUCGUAGACUUUGCUGGCUACUGUGCAGAGAGUGGCUUAUACUGCCUUGUUUAUGGCUUCUUGCCCAAUGGCUCCUUGGAGGAUCAGCUCCACCUUCAGACCCAGGCCUGCUCCCCACUUUCCUGGCCUCAACGACUGGACAUUCUUCUGGGCACAGCCCGGGCUAUUCAGUUUUUACAUCAGGAUAGCCCCAGCCUUAUCCAUGGAGACAUCAAGAGUUCUAACGUGCUUCUGGAUGAGAGACUGAUGCCCAAGCUGGGAGACUUUGGCCUGGCUCGUUUCAGCCGCUUUGCGGGGGCCAAAGCAAGCCAGAGCAGUACUGUGGCCCGGACUUCCACAGUUCGAGGUACCCUCGCCUACUUGCCUGAGGAGUACAUCAAGACAGGCCGACUGGCUGUGGACACCGAUACCUUCAGCUUUGGGGUGGUAAUACUGGAGACCCUUGCUGGUCAGAGGGCUGUGAGGACACAAGGUGCAAAGACCAAGUAUUUGAAAGACCUGAUUGAAGAUGAGGCUGAAGAGGCUGGAGUGACCCUGAAAAGCACCCAGCCUACUCUGUGGGUGGGUGUAGCCACGGAUGCUUGGGCUGCUCCAAUUGCUGCCCAGAUCUAUAAGAAGCACCUGGACUCCAGACCUGGGCCCUGCCCACCCCAGUUGGGCCUGGCCCUGGCUCAACUAGCUUGCUGCUGCAUGCACCGUCGGGCCAAGAAGAGGCCCCCCAUGACCCAGAGGCAAAACUCCCAACAUUCCUUGCUUGCCCUUUGGCUCUAUUUGGGGAGGUGCUCUGUGGAACUAAGUGGUAAAGGGCUGCUGCUUUGCUGGAUGAGCCUCAGAUCCCAGGAACAGGUAUACAAGAGACUAGAAGGGCUUCAGGCAGGGCCUCCCUGGGAGCUAGAGGUUGCCGGCCAUGGCUCCCCUUCCCCACAGGAGAACUCCUACAUGUCUACCACUGGCAGUGCCCAGAGUGGGGAUGAACCAUGGCAGCCUCUAGUAGUGACCACAAGAGCCCCAGCCCAGGCUGCCCAGCAACUCCAGAGAAGUCCCAACCAGCCAGUGGAAAGUGAUGAGAGUGUUCCCGGCCUCUCUGCUACCCUGCAUUCCUGGCACUUGACUCCAGGUUCCCACCCAAGCCCAGCGUCCUUCAGAGAGGCUAGCUGUACCCAGGGAGGCACUACCAGAGAAUCAAGUGUGAGGAGUAGCCCAGGCUUCCAGCCUACAACCAUGGAAGGCUCACCCACGGGCAGCUCAUCCCUGCUGUCAUCAGAACCACCACAGAUCAUCAUCAACCCAGCCCGACAGAAGAUGGUACAAAAGCUGGCUCUUUAUGAAGAAGGGGUCUUGGAUAGCCUGCAACUGCUGUCAUCAGGCUUUUUCCCAGGCUUGGAUUUAGAACCUGAAAAGAGCCAGGGACCUGAAGAAAGUGAUGAAUUCCAGAGCUGAUUUGUUCACUCUGACAAAUCCCUCAGACUCAGAGGUCAAAGUUCUCAUGCUUGGAAGUUCUCAUAGUGUGCAAACUCCUCAGUAGCCCAAAGGCAUCAGGUGUGGGGGCUCACUCUGGCAAAGGAGAGAGGGCAGUGGACCCUGCUGUUCUCAGAAUGUGAACACAGACAGGGCCAGCCAAAGAACUUGAUAGAAGCUGAUAAGGCAGGCAAUGUGAGGCCAGCAUUUGUGAGCAAGGCAAGCAGAGUACCUAAGGAAUUGGGUAGUACAAAACAGAAGACUGGGGCUGGUGAGAUGGCUCAGUGGGUAUGAGCACCCGAUUGCUCUUCCAAAGGUCCGGAGUUCAAAUCCCAGCAACCACAUGGUGGCUCACAACCAUCUGUAACAAGAUCUGACGCCCUCUUCUGGAGUGUCUGAAGACAGCUACAGUGUACUUAUAUAUAAUAAAUAAAUCUUUAAAAAAAAAAAACAGAAGACUGCUAGCUACACAGGCCCAGAGGACACAAGUAGGUCUGUUUGUAUGGUGGGAGCUAGCUCCCCUGAGAGCUAGAUAAUAUAUCUGCAGUCUGUGAGUCUAUUCCUCAGAACUUCCCUAAAACACCAAGCGAAAGUAGCUGUUGUGCUUGUAAAUUGCAAAAAAAAAAAAAAAAAAAAAAAAAAGAGUGUCUUACAGUUCAGUCCACUAGCUAGAAGUGAGCACUCUGAGAUUCUCCCAAGAGUCUAAUAAAACCCCCCUCCCCAUCUUGGGUGGAUAUAUGCAAGCCUUGCCAGAUAGCAGUGAGCUAGUUUCAUAUGACUACCUGCCUGCCUAGGCAGGCUCUCUCUAUACCCUGCAAAUUGACUGUGGAUGCCCAAGGUUCUGCUUAUGGCAGAAAGGUCCAGCAAAGCCCAGCUUUGUGGUACCCAGACAGUGAGAAGCCCCAAGAAAGAAGAAACUGAGAGCAAAGCUAAGUAUUUGAGGGGGAAGAAUGUUACAUUUAAAAAAAAAACAACAAGUUUUUGUAUAAUUAAGUGUCUUCACAAGUAGCCCAGGGCUAUAGCCCAGGCUUACAGUGAUUCUGUGUUUGAGUCAUGAGUCACACUACAUGCCCCUGUGUAAUUGGUGACAUCCAAUUUGUCCUUGAGUAAUAAAAGCAUACAUUUCACUGUCUGGUUAAACUUGUGGAAUUUGUUGUGCUAAAAGUGUUAUGCUUUCCUAAUGCUUUAUAUCUCUGGGCUCUUAAGUGUCCACCCAAAACUCAGGCCCCUAGCAUUUGUUCUUUUCUCUUGUCAGGCCAGACUGGGGAUAGAUCCCCUUGCUUUCUUGUCUUGCAGAUUUCGUGGAUAUUGAUGCUAUUGGAAUUGAAGCCUUCAUGUCUGAAUUAUUCAUCAAUCAUAUAUAGAAAUUUCAUUAAGUUUUGAUCCUGAUCUUUAUUCUGUGGCCUUACUUCUUAGCCCCACUUGUUUUGGGGGUGAUUACUCUGAGAUAGUUUGUAUACAAUCAACCUAUCUGAAAAUAAAGAUAAUUUUACUCCAUUGCCAACCUA